GCAAAAUGACGGAAGAGGUAUGGUGCACGCAUCAGGAGGUAUCGCCCCUGCCCCUGCAGCCACUACUCUCACCAUCGCCGACCCCGCAUCGACGCUAACUCGACCUUAAUUCACGUUGUGGCCGACAGAUGGCAGUGGCUUGACAGCGCCAGCCAGCAGCCAUGAUAGUGAAUGGGAUGGCUUCAUUUUCGGCGACCCUCACCACUGCUUCUAGUAUGAUUUACAAUAACACCAGGUCUAAUGUGACCAGUCAUGAGCAGCCUCAUCCCGAUUGGACUGACCUGCUCGUCUUGAUCAUCAAAGGAUUUAUAUUCGGUACAAUAAUAGUGAUGGCAGUUCUCGGCAACGCGUUGGUGAUCAUCAGCGUGCAUCGCCACCGCAAACUGCGCGUAAUCACCAAUUACUACGUAGUCAGUUUGGCGAUGGCAGAUAUGUUGGUGGCCCUUUGUGCGAUGACCUUCAAUGCUAGCGUCGAACUGACAGGUGGAAAAUGGCUCUUCGGAUACUUUAUGUGCGACGUCUACAACAGCCUGGAUGUGUACUUCUCUACCGCGAGUAUUUUGCAUCUGUGCUGUAUCAGCGUAGACAGAUACUACGCGAUAGUUCGUCCAUUGGAGUAUCCCAUAACUAUGACCCACAAGACUGUCUCCUUCAUGUUGGCCAACGUUUGGCUGCUACCGGCACUGAUCAGCUUCACGCCCAUCUUCCUCGGCUGGUACACUACGGAACAACAAUUCCGUCUAAAAAACCCGAACGCGUGCAUAUUCGUAGUGAACAAACUGUACGCAGUGAUCAGUAGUUCAAUCAGCUUCUGGAUCCCCGGAAUAGUGAUGGUGACCAUGUACUACCGGAUAUACAAGGAGGCGGUGCGACAACGUAAGGCGUUGACUCGAACCUCCUCAAACAUCAUCCUGAAUUCCAUCCAUCAACAUCGGACGUCAUAUCGAGAGCGGUACGGUAAUGCAUAUAGGUAG